AUGCCGAGGCCGUACGAAUGCAUCAGAAGAGCUUGGCAUAGUGACAGACAUCAACCCAUGAGGGGUUUGCUCAUCCAAGAGAUUUUCAGGAUUGUUUGUGAGAUUCACAGCCAAGCCACCAAGAAGAACACUGAAUGGCAAGAGAAGCUCCCUGUUGUUGUCUUGAGAGCUGAAGAAAUCAUCUACUCCAAAGCCAAUUCUGAGGCUGAGUAUAUGGAUAUGAAAACACUUUUAGACCGUACAAACGACGCAAUUAACACCAUAAUCCGACUCGAUGAGACCACUGAAACAGGGGAGUUUCUUCAGCCUUGUAUUGAAGCUGCUUUGCAUUUGGGUUGCACGCCAAGGAAAGCUUCAAGAAGCCAACGGAACAUAAACCCUAGAUGUUAUCUUAGCCAAGACUCAACUAACUUGGACAACGUUUUGUCACCACAAUACCAAGCCUUCAUGAAACCGAACAACUUUGGUCUAAAGAAUCUUCCGGUCAUGACUUUCCAAAGCGACGUUCAAGAGAAGAGGGUGGAGAGAUGUCCUGUCUCUAAGUACUCAAGCUACCCUCUGUGCUACUCGCUCCGGGUUCCUUCUUUGCCAAGCUCUAACAGUGUCACUGACUCGUGCAAGUCCAGCAAGAACAGCAGACCUGUGAGUGUGAAAGAUGAAACUAAUGGGAUUACCUUUGGUGGGUGUGAUCUGUCUCUGCGCUUAGGACCUCUUGAAGAUAUCAAAUCUCCUUGUCCAAAAAGGAGUAAGAUAAGCAGCAGUAACAUCAAUAACAACAACAACAAAAGCUGAAAAAUUGAGAGUAACAACAUAGCUAGUCUUGUAUUAGAGGGUGUGUCUUAGUUAGCUAUUUUAGUUUCUCUGUAUGUUUUAGGUGUCUUUGGAUGUAAAUGGAGAGAUAGAUAAUGAUGGAAACAUAGUAGUCUUUUUCUUCUUCUUUAUGUCGUUCAUAAAUCUUUGAAUCAUC